AAUAAUAACAAACAAUAACAAACACGUGUCAGAGCUGUUUCUAGCUCAAACCAUUGUGACACUUGGGCUCAUAACUAAAGAUCUUCGCGGCCCUAACAACAACAACAACAACAUUGUGACACACAGCCUGCACGGCCUCAACAAACCCCCAAGAAGAAGACAAAUCAGUGCUAUAUUACACUAAAAUAUUCACAAGAACAAGAACACUAGUUCUAUGUAUAUGUUCUCAUAAGAGACUAUAUAAUAAACCUUGUAACACAAUUAUGGCUGGCAGUAGUAUCCUUACCAACCAUUCACUGGAGUGGGUGCAAGAGAAAGGCUGGUGCUCUCCUGUUACUGUGGACACACUCACAGCUUUGGGCUACAAACAACUUACAACAAUUCAGCUGCUUGCCCUCCCACAACUUUUGACCAAAGCCAACACCUAUAUUCAUGCUCGCACUGGCUCCGGAAAGACACUUUCCUUCUUAAUACCUGCUUUGGAACGAUUGAAAGCUAUGGGAUUCAAAAAUAAUCAUGGAGUUGGAGCACUAAUAAUAUCUCCUACAAGGGAGUUGGCUCUACAGAUUGCUGCUGUUCUUAACCCACUGGCUGAAGCAUUUGGCUUCUCAAGCAUUACAGUUACUGGAGGCACCAAGGCUAAGAACAUAUGCAUCAAGAAGGGGUACAUGUUUGUUAUUGGAACUCCUGGCAGAUUGGCUGAAACUUUGAUGGAAGAAAAUAUCCCUCAUUUAAAAGUAUGCAACUUGAAAAUGUUAAUCUUGGAUGAAGCUGAUCGACUCUUAGAUGAUGGUUCACAUACCCAGCAGCUAAGAAGAAUAAUCUCUGUUCUACCUACAGAACAGGUUCAGAAGGUUCUUGUGAGUGCAACAGUAAACUCAAAGUGUCAAGAAUUGUCAAAGGAGAUCUUCAUGACAGACUUUUCACUCAUCACAGCUGAAAAGUAUGGUGCCUUCACUACAUCACAAGUAAAACAAAAGUAUCUCUCUGUGCCAGCAAGAGAAAGAAUAUCUAUGCUGAUAACAGUACUACAAACAUUGCAAAAGAAGAAAAAUAUUGUAUUUUUCAAUUCCUGUCACUCUGUGAAGUUCCACUAUAAAGUUUUACAAGAAUUCAAGCUUCCUGUAUUCUAUUGCAUGGGUCAAGAAAAACAAGCUCGACGCAGCAACAUGUACUCAAAAUUUUUGGAGAUGAAGCAAGGAACACUCCUCACAACAGGCCUGGCAGAGCGUGGUUGGGACAUUCCUUCUGUACACUGGAUAAUUCAGUAUGAUCCACCUCACAAGCCAGAGGAUUAUAUCCAUCGUGUUGGUCGUACCAGUCGGGGUGAAGGACGUAUGGGUCAGGCUCUCCUUUUCUUGCGGCCUGAAGAAUGCAAGUUUCUUGAUGUUCUGAGAGGCAUGCAUGUGAAAAUUGAUGAAAUAGAAUUCAGUGGAAAGCUAAAUGAUAUUCAGGAUAAAGUGCAAUCACUCAUUGCAGACAAUGUGGAAAUUCAGCAGAUGGGAAAGCUUGCAUACAAGAAAUUUGUGAGAGCCUAUCAGUGUCAUAAGUUGAAGAAGGUAUUCGAUAUUCAGAAAAUAGAUCUCAAAGAGGUGUGUAAUUCUUUUGGAUUCUCUGAGCCACCAUUAGAGCUAGGGAAUUUAACCUAGUUUAGUGCACUGAACACAUAUAGACCUAUUGAGCUUUGCAGUUGAUUGAAGUUUGGGAGACUUCAUUCACAUGAAGAGAAAGGAUAAGAUGAGAUGAAUGAGAACAUUGAAAAAGAGUAGGGUAGUAGAUUUUGAAGAUGUAAAAGAACAACACUGUAAGAUUGAGAUAGAGCGAUGUAUGAAGAAUAGCAAAUAAACUGGCCAUAAACAGA